AUGUCGAGAAUGCAAAGGUUGUCAUGUUUUCUCAUUAGGGUUCAUCCCUUUUGGAUUCAUCUCUUCUAUUUCCUUUUCAUUUCAUCUUUAGGGUUCUUGGCUUUGCUUGUUUUGAAGCCAAAAACAGGUUCUUAUCAUCCUUUCCACCCUCAAAAUCUCGACCUUUUCUUCACCUCCGUGUCCGCCGCCACAGUUUCAAGCAUGUCGGCUGUCGAAAUGGAGGCCUUUUCAGACCCUCAGCUCAUCGUUUUGAGCGUUCUAAUGUUCAUAGGAGGCGAAGUGUUCACCUCCAUGGUCGCCCUCCAAUUCAGGAAGUUCAACCUCAAAUUCCCCGACCUUAAAAUUGCUUCUGUUCCAAUUGAUUUGGAGGCCAAAUUUGAUCCGCCGCCGCCGGAGAGAUUAAAGUACAAAUCCAUUAAGUUUUUGGGGUUUGUAGUAUUUGGUUAUCUCAUACUCUCCAAUUUCUUAGGCAUAGUUAUGGUUUUGAUUUACCUAAAACUCGCUCCGACUGCACGAGACGUUCUAAAACAAAAAGGGUUAAAAACGACGACUUUUUCGGUUUUUGUCGUGGUUUCGACUUUUGCUAGUUGUGGGUUUGUGCCAACGAACGAGAAUAUGAUAGUAUUUCGUAAGAAUUUGGGUUUACUUCUCGUGCUUAUUCCUCAAGCGCUUCUCGGGAAUACGUUGUUUCCUUCGUGUUUGAGGGCUUCGAUUUGGGGUUUGGGGAAGGUGGUGAAGAAGAAGAAGUUGAAAAUUGUAGGGUUUUUGUUGGAAAAUAGUGAGGAAAUUGGGUUCUUGCAUUUGCUUCCAAAGCUGGAUUCGUGGCUGUUGGUUGGGAGUGUUUGUGGGUUUGUUGUGGUGCAGGUUGUAGCCAUUGGGGCGAUGGAGUGGAGCUCGGGUGCGCUAAGUGGACUGAAUUGUGGUGAGAAAUUGGUUGGGAUAUUGUUCUUAAGCGUAAAUUCAAGGCAUAGUGGUGAAGCCAUUCUGGACCUAUCAAUACUCUCUCCUGCCAUCUUGGUUCUCUUUGCUGCCAUGAUGUAUCUUCCACCUUAUACUUCUUUCAUGCCAAUAAAGAUUGAUGAAGGAGAAAGGAGAAUUAAAAGGGCCAAAUUUAUGGAUAAUUUCCUCUUCUCCCAACUCUUUUAUCUCAUAAUCUUCGUCUUUAUUAUAUGCGUCACAGAAAGACAUAACAUCAAGCACGAUCCUCUCAAUUUCAGUCUGUUCAAUGUUAUUUUCGAAGUUAUCAGUGCAUAUGGAAAUGUGGGGUUUUCAAUGGGAUAUAGCUGCAAAAGACAACUUUACCCUUCGAGCGUUUGUGUCGACAAGUCAUUUGGAUUUUCGGGAAAAUGGAGUGACAAUGGAAAGCUGGUUCUUAUUGUUGUCAUGAUCUUUGGACGAUUGAAGAAGUUUAAUAUGAACAAACAAAGAGCUUGGAAGCUUUUCUAA